GAGGGAGGAGGUGGGACAUUCUUUGUUUUUCUGGCUCAGCGCCUCACCGUCUGGCAGGUGCUAUAUUCUUGGCUCUCAGAGAUGAGGCCUUCUCAGUGAUCUUGACUCUCUCCCAGCAUAGGCGAGAGAGUCUGAUCUGGCUCCUUCCUUAGGAGUAGAAGUUGUUUAUGUUCUCUUCCUCCAGCUACAGUAGGCUUUAACUUGCGCUCUGAAAGGCAGGUCACGGAGUGGAGAGAGGGCCCCGGUGGAACCCAGUGCGCGACGUUUGGCAUGCCAGUGGGGCCCCCAAUCCGGGAGCCUCUAGGUCCGUCGCUCGCGCGCAUGCGCAGACCCAUCCACCUGCCUCCGCGAGGAGAGUCACGAGGGGGCGCCGUACCAGCCGGCUCAUGGCGUCCCGCACUGGCGGCUCCCCGGGCCUCCUACUCUGGCUCCUGCUCCUCCAGCCGCAGCUCGGUGGGGCGCGGGGCAGGUUGGCGCCAUCCCCACUCUCCCCUUCGCCCUUGGGAGGCGGCCACGAGGACCCCGAUGCCACCGUGUGGAAGGUUGCGGGACCGUCUAUGCCCCCCGAGCCCCAAGAAUCUGCCCCAGUCUCCCAGUUGGUGGGAUUGAUCCCAGGGUGUGGCCAGGUAAAUGCGAAAAUCUUGGGAGGACAGGAGGCUGAAGACGGGAAGUGGCCCUGGCAGGUGAGCGUGAGGAUCAGAGGCAAGCACGUGUGCGGAGGUUCCCUCAUCACACAGCAGUGGGUACUGACUGCAGGCCACUGUAUUUUAAGCCGUUUCCACUACAAUGUCAAGAUGGGAGAUCGGAGUGUCUAUAAAGAAAUCACAAGUGUGGUGGUCCCCGUCCGAGACAUCAUUGUCCACCCUCAGCUGUCAGUAGUUGGAACCAUUCAAAAGGACCUUGCCCUUCUCCAGCUCCUCUACCCUGUAAACUUCACCAUGACCAUCCAGCCUAUAUGCAUCCCUCAGAAGACUUUCCGGGUGGAAGCUGGGACCACGUGCUGGGUGACCGGUUGGGGCAGAAAAGAAGAAUAUGGUGGCGACCUUAUUACCUCUGUUCUCCAUGAGGUCGACCAAGGCAUCAUCCACCAUGAAAAAUGUAAUGAGAUGAUUCAGAAAGCCAUGAAAACAACUAGGGAUGUCGUACUGGAAGGAAUGCUCUGUGGCUAUAAAGGUGCAGGAAAGGAUUCAUGUCAGAUGGCGGCGGUCACCCCAGUUGACCCUGGUUCCUACAGGGCUGCGGCCAUUCCUCAGCCAGCGGCAAGGUCGCUGUUUCCUGCAGGAUGUGGCCACAGGUCUAUGAGGAUAGUUGGUGGAAUACCUGCCCCAGAGAGGAAGUGGCCCUGGCAGGUGAGCCUGCAGAUCAAGGAUAAACACACGUGCGGAGGCUCCCUCAUUGCCAGCCGGUGGGUGCUGACCGCUGCCCACUGCAUACUUGGCCACGUGGAGUACACCGUGAAGAUGGGAGACGUCCACGUGAACCAUACCUCCAGGAUGGCCAUCCAGGUGCCGGUCCGGGACAUCGUUAUUCACAAAUAUUACAAUCCUGUUGGAAGCAUUGAGAAUGACAUUGCCCUCAUCCUGCUGGAGUUCCCUGUGAAUUUUUCCUCGCACAUCCAGCCCGUGUGCCUCCCUGAAAAGAUGUUCAUGGUGGAAGCUGGUAUGGAGUGCUGGGUGACUGGAUGGGGAAAACGAAAAGAAACAGAUAAACCCGAAGAUGCUCCGGAACAACUUCAGGAGGCCAAGCUAAACGUUGUACGUUACGAGGAGUGCAAUAGGGCACUCAAGGAACAGAUGGAAAGUGGUAGUGACUUAGUGAAAAAAGGGGCUGUCUGUGGUUACAGUUCCCGAGGAAAGGACACCUGCCAGGGAGAUUCUGGGGGCCCCAUGGCCUGUGAAUUUAAUGAAACAUGGGUCCAGGUGGGGAUUGUGAGCUGGGGCUUUGGCUGUGGUCGCAGAAAUUUUCCCGGAGUUUAUACAGAAGUUAGUUUCUACAAGGACUGGGUCAUUGAUCACUUGAGUCAGGCUUGCUGUUGGGACUCAGCAGACUUCUUCAUACUUCUGUGCGUGGUGCUGCCCCUGGGCAUCCUGGUGGCCCCGGAGGCAGCUGACCUGGCAGGUAGAGCCCGGUGCUUCCCUGACGCCUUGGAGAGCCUCUACCAAAGAAGAGACCUCAUGAGCAGUGAGACAGCAUUCGACGUGGCUGUGGUCUCAGGCUUUCACCUGACAAAUGCCGCCUUCCCGGGUUGCCUAGCCUUAAUGUUCUUUUCUUGUGCUUUCUGUAUCUUUUCAGACUCUCAAAUCAAUAUAAAUUGUCAGCCUUUCGAAUGCACCGAGCCCGGGGAGGGGACCAAGGGUGCGGUCAGAGGCUGGGCAACCAGGUGGCCUCACAGGUCCUGGGAAUUCGGGCGGGCCUUCACUACCCAGACUGGGGGGGGGGGGGGGGGGGACGCUGUCACCAGCUUAAAGCAAUUGGGAGUGUUUUCAUGGGCUUGGCCACCCGGGGGGCAAUCACAGAUCAGGGGCUCCGAGGUCAUUUUCGAGGAAGAGGCACGAGGUGUACCAGCGCAGAUGCCGGAAACGCGCCCGUGGGCGUUGGGGAAGGCGUGGCGCGUUGUCAUGUGCUGGGGGCCCCAUCACGUGACCGGACCCCCGUCACGUGCUGGGGACGCCCUCGGGCGUCAGGGGCGCCCUCACGUGUCGGGACUCGCGGCGCCGCGUGCCUGGGCCUGCAGGUGGCACCUCCCGGGCCUCAUGGCCGCCUCGCCGCCGCUCAGCUGCGCUGGAGCCUCGGGGCCCUGGGGCUUGAGCUGCCGCCUCCUCCUGCUGCUGCUGCUGCCGCUGCCGCUGCUGAACUCGGGUUAUAAAGAAAACAAUUCCAUACCAGGUGGGGAGGGUGAGCCCCUGCGCCAGGAAAACCUCAGCUCCUGGGAGGUUUGUGGCAGACCCUGGUGGUCAGAAGAUUUGGACAUGACCCGACAUUGGCCCUGGGAGGUGAGCCUCCGGCUGGAAAAUGAACACAUAUGUGGAGGGGCCCUCAUUGAGCCCAGCUGGGUGGUGACUGCUGCCCACUGCAUCCAAGGCACCAAAGAGUACUCCGUGAUUCUCGGCACCCCCAAGCUGAAGCCCGUGGACUUCCCGAAGGGCGUCUCGAUCCCCGUGAAGGACAUCAUCAUGCACCCCAAGUACCGGGGCCGGACCUUCAUCAUGGGCGAUAUUGCCCUUCUCCAGCUUCGGACUCCGGCCAUCUUCGGCAAGUACGUGCAGCCCAUCUGCCUCCCAGAGGCCAGCUACAACCUGAAGGUUGGGGCGCAGUGCUGGGAGACUGGCUGGGGCCAGGUGAAACAGCGCUUCUCAGCCAACUCCACGCUGACCCCAGAGCUGCAGGAAGCUGAGGUGUUUAUCAUGGACAACAAGAGGUGCAACCGGAUUUACCGCAAGAAGUCCCUCAUCCCCCACCUUGUCCCCCUUGUCCUGGGGAACAUGAUCUGUGCCACCAAUUAUGGAGAAAACUUGUGCUCUGGGGAUUCUGGGGGUCCGUUGGCUUGUGAAGUCGAGGGCAAGUGGAUUCUGGCUGGGGUGUUGUCCUGGGAGAAGGCUUGUGCCAAAGCGCAGAAUCCUGGCGUGUACACCCGUGUCACCAAAUACAGCAAAUGGAUCAAGCAGCAAAUAAGUAAUGGGGCUCUCUCAGGCCCCCAGACCUCUGCCUGGCUUCUACUCCUGUUCUGGCUGCUGCAGCCCCAGAUGGGCCCCUGAUCUCUCUUCUCUCUUCUCCCUGCUUUGCCUGUACUUUAUGGGUCCAGGUCAAGGUCAGACCCAGUUCCUGUGUCGGUAUUCAACAAGAGUCAAGGUGGGGAGAGUGGCCCCCGGGAGGAUGGGGCCCUGCUUUGGCCUCCCCAUGGGGAGGGAUGCGGUGGAUGACUAGGCCUUGGGUGACCAGGAAAAGGGACGUGUGGCCUAGAAGAGCUCUGGAAUUGGGGACCAGGAUAGCCGGGAUUAAAUUUGUGCAAAUGUGA